AGGAAACCAAUACACAGUUUUUUUUUUUUCUUAACGGUGGGGAAUUAGAGGAAUAGUUAUAAUAAUGCUGCAGUUGCAUUUUGAACACUCGAUAAAGAGGUCAAGGUCAUUGGUGCAAUUUCAUCAUGACUGAUGCUAUUGUUUUGGGGCAUAAUGUGAAUAUUCUGAAAGUUGAGGGACUUAAAGAGGGAAAGAUUUUGGAUAAGGAUGGCUUAUUUCUUUUUCUCCUUUUCCUCUUUCUUCCUCACCCGAUUCUGCUCUUCUUCCUGCUGCAGCCCGAAAAUUCCCCCCUCCAAGCCACCGGCACCAGCUUUGAAAAAUUGGUGAGAAAGCUUGGAAUUUCUCCUUCCUUUCUUGUUCUAGAACCAGCUUUGGAGCCCAGAAAUUCUCCCCCUGCAGGAAGCUUCCAGAUCUGCUCUGCUCUUCCCUCUGCUGUCCGCCGGCUGCUCUUGUUUGUGGGGGUGAUUUGCUCCGAUUUUGGAACCCGUGAGCUUCUUCUCCAAAUUGCCGCCGGCUUCUCUUCCCCCUGCAGCUCCAGUUUUAGCUGGAAAAUUCUGGUAUGUGGCAGCCUUAAACCAUUGUUUUUAAGCUUGAUUAAGGUAGAAUUAGCUUGAUUAGUUUGCUACCGUGUGAUGUCCGAAUUUUGGUAGAAAAAUGGGGGAAAUCCCGGUAGCCUUUGACCAUGUUUUAAGCUUGGUUUAAGUGUAAAUUAGCUUGAUUAAUUGUUGUGAUUUUUGGAGAGAAAAUCCCGUGAGAUUAGCUAGUGUUUU